CGUUACCCAGAACUUGCUGUCUCAUAUCACAUCGUCCAUUAAUCCCGACUUCGACAUUACAUACGCCGCGGGGAAAACUUCGACUCACUGAAAGCACUCAGCUCUCGAUACAUUGUUCCAGACCCAGUCUGCAAAUGCAAUGGCGGCGCUAACUUUCCAACCACGUCCUCGCUUGUCGGUAUUAGCACGUCUAGCAGUGCUGCUAGCUGUCGGCCUGUGGGGCCAGACCACUGCCGGAGCCUACGAUACCACGGUUUGCGGGCGAACGGCCUACACGAUACCUUCCAACAACAUGACCUUCAACGCCGAUGCCUGGAACCCUGACGUCAAAGGAUUUCAAUGUAUAUCCGUCCAAGACUCACCGCCUGCUUUUGCCGCGACCUGGUCGUGGUCGUCGAACCCGGGGAUGGUCCACUCCUACCCCCACGUCAAGCUGAUGGCUCCAGGUCUGCCGACACCCUUGUCAAACAUCUCGGCAUUGGUCCUCUCCGCCCAAUGGUCCAUGGGUCCGGGGCCGACGCCUCGCCCGGCGCUGGUAGUCGACCAUGACGGCCUGGCCAACCACGGCACAUCUGCCAAUGUGGCGUUCGACCUCUUCCUUGAUCGUAAUGUCGCAAACGCACGCAGUGAGCAGACUGCAGAGACCGAGGUCAUGAUCUGGGUGGGGAGGUUUGGCUAUGCCGAACCACUCGGGUUCGAUGCGAAUAUGGAGAAGACGUGCUUCACCCAGACUGUCGGGGAUGCAGAGUUUGUCUUGUAUCAGGGCCAGAAUGAGAGAGGUACCGAUGUGCUGAGCUGGGUAGCGACGGCCAAUCACACAAACUUUGCGGCGGAGGUGUCGCCGUUGUUGCAAUUUCUAUGGCGCAAAGGCCUGGUAUCAGCCGGAUCCCAUCUCGGCUUGGUGGAAUUUGGGUCGGAGGCGUACCAUUCAGAUGGCAUCGUCACCUUCGCUGCAUCGGAGUUCGAUAUGCACCUGGUUACCGGCGCGGCUCCGAACCUCGCAGUCGGCGACCUCCCCGCAGAGUGUUCUCGGGCGGCAUCCACCAAUCCUCCACAAUGGCUGUUGUCUAGCGCGUCGGUUGUGAGCGCUACUCUACUCUAUCUGAUAUCCUAGCCAAGACAGCCCUUUAACGGUGCAAAUGUGUCAUUUUUGCGCCCCCCAGAAGAUACCAGCAGUACUUGGUAAGUGGUUGGCGAUUUGGUGGUAUUGAGGUAUCUGCAUGGUAAAAAAAGGUAUCCUGCAGGCGAAGGGAACCACCGAUUAGCUCUACAUCCCUGCGGCGCUAAAAUGACACAUUUGCACCCUUAAAGGGAUUAACCUAAUACCCACACCACACCGUUCGACUCGGAGCCUUGGCCGGAGCCUUGGCGAGGGUACCUGCAGCAAGCGCAGCAAAAUCUGAGUUGCCCCAGCCCGUUUACAGGCCAUGGGGAAGACCACGGCGGAGUUUGGAUUUAGUCCUGGGAAUGUCCUGGGAAUUUAGGGCAGUUGCAUGCUCUGGACGCGCCUCUCAAGCCCCAUCACGAGGCUUUAAUAUCAAGCAUCCCGGUAUCAAAUUUCACAUCAAACAGCUACAUUGCAUUUCUUUCCCUUCUCUCAUUUGCUUC